CGCUUGAAGAUUCAGCUCGUAUUCACCGACAAAUCCAACGUAGUACGUCCCCACAUCACCAAUCUCCCACCAGCACUGCACCUCACUCACCCACAGGCCUCCGUCGUUUCAACCAGACCCACCAAAAUCUAUAUCAGCCCUCGAAGCCCUCUCUGUCGAACGCCGCCGCGCCUCCAUCACCACCUCCUGCAAAGCGCUCGACGACAUGCUCGGCGGUGGCGGGUUCUCGGCCGGGAAGGUGACGGAGGUGUGUGGGCCGCCCGGGUUGGGGAAGACUCAAAUUGGGAUGCAGGCGUGUGUGAAUGUGCAGUUGCCGGAGGUGUUGGGUGGGGCUGGGGGGGAGGCGUUGUAUGUUGAUACGGAAGGAAGCUUCAUUAUUGAGCGCGUGGCUGAGAUUGCGGCGGCGGCGGAACGGCUCAUGGCGACAGAUCCUCGGGCGGCAGACAUCCCACCCCCACCCGUCUCAACCCUCCUCUCCCGCAUCCACAUCCUCCGCAUUCACUCCCCCACCGCCCAAGUCGCCCUCACCCACCAACUCCCCUCCUUCCUCUCCACCCACCGCAACAUAAAACUCAUCAUAAUCGACUCAAUCGCCUUCCACUUCCGCCAAGCCUUCUCCCAAGCUGAUAUGCCCCUCCGCGCCCGCUUAUUAAACACAACCGCCCAGACUCUACGCAGGUGUGCGGAGGAGUUUACGUGCGCGGUUGUUGUGAUGAAUCAGAUGACUACGAAAGUCGGUGGGGAGAUGGGGACGGGGGAGGGCGAUGCGGUGUUGGUGCCGGCGCUGGGGGCGACGUGGGGGCAUGCGUGUACGAAUCGGGUAAUUUUGUUUUGGGACCAGGGGGUACGGAGGGCUUGUUUGGUUAAGAGUCCGAGUUUGCCGGAGAGGACUGUGGGGUUUUGUAUUACGAGCGAAGGCGUGCGAGACGUCCCCCCAUCACUCCCACCGCCCGACAACCCUCGCAAGCGGCAUCACGACGACUGAGAAAUCACACUGUCUUGUGUACACAUAUACCCACGCAACGCAAGGCGGAAAACCUAUUCACCUGUACAUAACAUAGAAUACAUAUGCAGGACGAGAAGGGGCUUUGUAAGAUAAAGAAGAAGUGUAAGAAUUGGAAGGAGAACAGAAAACCGGCAAAGAAGAUGA